AUGUCUGUGGAAUACGCAAUUUCACUCACUCGGUUCGCAGAACCAAUAGGCAGCUGGGCACGUCGAUAUGUUGCCCAACGUCUGGAUGCGGCUACUGACGGAUUGCAUUCAAGCUUGGCUGCUACACCUCUCUUUGGCUCUGUCUUAUCGGUUCCUGGUGAGGAAGAGGUAUUGGCUUCUCCCCAAACUCCAGUUGGGCGUACUUGGAUGGAAAUAUGUGGAUUAACAUUGGACCCUCCAAUACCUCCCCCUUCUCCUGCCCUCGUCUCGGUUACACCAGCUUUGCCAACUUCAUCUAUUGCUUCAAAAAUUCCUGUAAAUGGCACGCUCACAAUAAAUGGACCCGAUCCAUCGCUGCUACCGUCAGGAAAGAGCUCCUGUGUGGCUUUUCCACGCGCCUCUCUCAUAACUAGCAAAGAAGUUGAUAGCAGUAACUCGAGCCAGUAUUUUUCCACCACCCAGCCUCGCACAAACACAUCAGAUUCAUCACUUAUACAACUUCCUUUA